AUGUUGACUGCGCUCAAUUCGUACGGGCUUGUUUCUUCAUGUGAUAUUUCUGAUGACUCGUCCAUUUUGUGUAUAGGGUCUUCGGAUGGCUCUAUAGAACUCACUGCUUUCGACGAGGAGCAGAAGUUGAAAAAGCUGCGGGAUAUGGAUGCACUAGAAAGAAUCGAUACUGAUGCGGAUAAUGUCUCGGAUCUGCUCUACGAUGAUGCUAAUGCCAAGUCAGAAGUGGUAUUGCACGGCCAUUCUGGAGUUGUGUAUUCAGUUCACUUUUCUCCUGACAAUCGCCUUUUGGCUUCAUCUUCCUUGGACUGUACAAUUAGGUUGUGGAGUUUGGAGACACAGAAAAACGUUGUGGUCUAUCGACUCAGUCGUCCUGUUUGGCAGGUGCAGUUUUCCAAUCGUGGUUAUUACAUGUGCAGCGGUGGAGAAGACAAUACUGCCAUGUUGUGGUGCACGGAGCGAAUGUAUCCGUUGAGGGUUUUCCCAGAUUGCUAUGGAUCAGUGAACUGCGUUGAUUUCCAUCCCAACUGUAACUAUGUUGUAGGAGGUAGUUGCGAUCGUUAUGUUAGAGUGUGGGAUGUAUUGACGGGUACUUGUGUCCGAACAUUUUCUGGUCAUUCAGCUGCUGUAACUGCUGUCAAAGUCUCACCUUGUGGUCGAUAUAUCAUUUCGACUGGUGCUGAUGGUGCUGUUUGUGUGUGGGACGUUGCUUAUCAGCGCUUAGCAGGCAUGGAAACCAGAGACUUCAAAGGGUCUAUGGGCUCCAUUUGUUUCUCUCGUGAUGGUGGUUCUUUUGCUGUUUCGCAAGGUGGAGAAUCGUUAUCCGUGUACUCGUUGGACAACAUGAUCGCUGCGACCAGCAGUGUUUCGAGCAACAAUGAGCUUUGUUUCGAUCCGAAGUUUGUUUUGAAUCAUUACUUUAUUGCCCUUUUGUUGGCGUUCCAUCCCGGCUUGCCACAUUUUUCAGCGCUUGAACCCUUUAUUUACUCGUCAGCGGGUAAUCUCGUUGCACUCUCGGUUCGAAUUACUGAAAGGGGAACACGUCCUGUUGCUUAG